AUGAACGAAGACCUGAAGGAAUUGAGCAACUACAAAUAUGAAGGAGAGUCUGAUGAUAACUCGAGGACCUCCAACUCGGAGGAUGAUGAAGAAAUUGAAGAAGAAAUUGAUAUCUAUCUCAACAAUAUUAACGAGAACAACCUGAACCAGAUUAACACGUACCUUAUCCAGUACCCACUGAGGCCAAAGUACAGACCAUAUAACUACACGAACAAUAUCCAAAAAAUAUAUGCUUGCAAAAAUUAUAGCAAAUUAAAACAAAUAAAAAGUAAAUGCAACACAAAUGAAGAAACGUACAUUUUCGAAUACAAACUGCACGAGUAUAUGAAGGAGGAGGAAGACUCUCACGACUCGAUUGCCAUUUGUAGGGACUCAGAGAAUGACAGGAAUGUAAGCAGACUAAUCAGCACGAGUGUUCUCUGCGAGUAUAUAACAAACUGCGUUUGCUUAUUUCAAUACAAUGAAAUUAAGAAGAAGAAAGAAAUUUAUAUGGUCCCGUUGAAGCAUAUCUAUCAGUUUAAGCCAUGGCAUGAUAGCAUUAAAUUAGAUACAGACGUGGAAGGGAAAAACAAAAUCAAUGAACCUGCUCAGGCAAAGAAUAUAAAAGAAAAUGCUGAACCAGGGGAGAGUAAGUACCCAAGUGAAACCAACCAGUCACUUACUCCGGAGCAUCAGUGGACAAGUAUUGUAAAUAUUUAUGAACCAGAUUCGCUUGAGGCUCAUGAAAUGUUGGAACUUUUCACCAAUGUCAACAAAAAAAAUGAUAUUCUUAGUUGCAGGGAUGAUACAGGAGGUAGUAAUAACCCUGGGGAGGGAAGCAGCACUGUCAAUGUCAACAGCUUAAGAGAAGAAAACCCUAAUGGGGAAGUCCCCCAAAUAAUGUUCCACAAUGAUGGACAGCAGUACCUAAAUCAUAUGUGCAAAAACGCUAAGGAAGAUAACACGAGUCAUUUACCAUCAGAUGGCAAUGUAAAAGAUCGCAAGUCGAAGGAUAGCAGUAGACACAGUAGUAACCUGUACAGAAAUGAAGAAGACGUGAGUACCAACUUGAAUAUGCUUUAUUUUUUUUCUCUAAACUUGGAUGAGCAAAUUUUAAAAAUAAUGAGAUUGAAAAAUGUUCAGAGGUUUGUCGAAAUUCAGAAAAUUAUAAAAAAAAAUAUUGAUCAGGAUAUUUUACUAAACACUGUACAGAAAUAUUGUGUCAACGUUUUAGGGUUAUGGAUCAUCAAAUCGAAAUAUUUAUAUAAAUUUUUAAAAGGAAAGGAACCCAAAAGUGAGAGUGAGAAAAAAAAUAAAAACUUGGAAAUUUUCUCCUACGUGGAUUACAAAAUAAGAGUUCGCGAUUUGCUACUGGUGAUUAUAUUCAAGCAGGUAGAGCCCAUUUUACUCAAGCAUGUGUACGACAUCAGGGUUGGGAGAAAGGGUCUUAACGAUGCAAGGAAGAGAGGGGAGAAUGAUAAUCGUACCUAUGGGGAUAGUAAUAGCAACCUUAGCAGAAAUGCAGAUCCCGAUGCAGAUUCCAAAAAAAUCAAUUCUUCUACAUCCAUCCUAAUGGAAAAUUUCGAAAAGGCCACCAACCUACCCAACAAUGCACUCUCAGAGAUGUUUCUCCCCUUAUGCGAAUAUAAAUAUACAGGGUAUUUUUUCAAGCACAAAAUGGACGAAGAAUUUGUAAAUAACAAUACCCAGUUGUGUCUAUCCAUUAAUGAAAAGUGGAAAAAAAAAAUGGUGAAAAUUGCCAAAAUUAUUCAAACUUAUAAAAAUAGUAAAAUAAUAAUUAAUGAUUACAAACUGGAUAUUAGGACAUUAGAAAAAAACAUCACAGAUAUGCUACACAAUAAUUGCAUCCCAUUUGAUGAUAUAUAUAAUAAGAUAAGAAAGGAUGCGAAAAAUACGAGCAUUGAUUUACCCUUCUUUAUGAAAGCGCUAAAUAACAUCGCCCUUCAAAUUAACAACAUCUGGUUUUUGCGUAUAGAGAAUCAGAGCGAGUUUAACAAAUGCAGGAAUGCUGUUAUUAACAUUUUCCAAACGAACCAUAAUUCUGUUUUCUCAAAAAAUGAAAUCGUGAAGCAUGUUGAAAUGGUUAUUCAAUCCCCCUUAACCAUUCCUGAUAUUUAUUUUAGGAACAUCUUAAAAGAGUUCUGCGUUCAGAGGAAUGGGGUGUAUUUAUUUAAGGGCAACGAUCAGCUCCGCGAGGGCGAGGCAGCUC